GCAGCCCUCGGGGAAGUUAGUCCGCCGCUAGGAAACUUCUCCCUCAGGGUGGCCCGGCGCUGAUUUGCGCUGGUUUGCACCGACUUGCGCGGAGCGGAAGGUUACCUGCCCGGGGCCUGAAAAAGCCUCCGGCCCGGUCACCGAGCCUCGCACCUCGGCGGCCCCUGAGCUGCUCUCUGUCGCCCAUGGCGGUGGCCGAGCUGUACACGCAGUACAACAGGGUUUGGAUUCCGGAUCCUGAAGAAGUUUGGAAGUCUGCUGAGAUAGCAAAGGACUACAGAGUUGGUGACAGAGUCCUGCGACUCCUGCUGGAGGAUGGAAUGGAGCUGGAUUAUCCCAUUGAUCCAAAAUCUCUGCCUCCGCUUCGGAAUCCUGACAUCCUCGUGGGUGAGAAUGACCUCACGGCCCUCAGCUAUCUCCACGAGCCCGCCGUGCUCCACAAUCUCAGAAUCCGCUUUGCAGAAUCCAAACUCAUCUACACCUACAGUGGAAUCAUCCUGGUGGCCAUGAACCCUUACAAGCAGUUGCCGAUAUACGGAGAUGCCAUCAUCCAUGCCUACAGCGGCCAGAACAUGGGCGACAUGGACCCGCACAUAUUUGCCGUGGCAGAAGAGGCGUACAAGCAGAUGGCCAGAAACAACAAAAAUCAGUCAAUAAUUGUAAGCGGGGAGUCGGGUGCUGGAAAGACAGUGUCAGCUCGGUAUGCCAUGAGGUACUUUGCCACCGUCAGCAAGUCCAGCAGUAACGCUCACGUGGAAGACAAGGUUCUGGCGUCCAACCCCAUAACUGAGGCUGUUGGAAAUGCCAAGACCACCCGCAAUGACAACAGCAGUCGGUUUGGGAAAUACACAGAAAUCAGUUUUGACGAGAGGAAUCAGAUUAUAGGAGCCAACAUGAGAACUUACCUGCUAGAGAAAUCCAGAGUUGUUUUUCAAUCAGAAAAUGAACGAAAUUACCACAUUUUCUAUCAGCUUUGUGCAUCUGCACAGCAGUCAGAAUUUAAACAUCUUAAAUUGGGGAGUGCAGAAGAAUUUCAUUACACGAGAAUGGGAGGCAGCACUGUCAUUGAGGGUGUGAACGACAGAGCUGACAUGAUAGAGACACAGAAGACCUUCCGUCUACUGGGUUUCAAGGAAGAUUUUCAGAUGGAUGUUUUUAAGAUCCUGGCAGCCAUCCUACAUUUGGGCAACGUGCAGAUCACAGCUAUGGGCAACGAGAGAUCCACAGUCAGUGAGGACGACAGUCACCUGAAGGUGUUCUGUGAGCUCCUGGGCCUGGAGGGUGACAAAGUGGCUCAGUGGCUCUGCAAUCGCAAGAUCAUCACAGCCUCGGAGACGGUGGUGAAGCCUAUGACCAGGCCCCAGGCUGCCAACGCCAGGGAUGCACUGGCCAAAAAGAUCUACGCGCACCUGUUUGACUUCAUCGUGGAGAGAAUUAAUCAAGCCUUGCAGUUUUCAGGCAAGCAGCACACUUUUAUUGGUGUUUUGGACAUUUAUGGUUUUGAAACCUUUGAUGUGAACAGCUUUGAACAGUUUUGCAUUAAUUACGCUAACGAAAAGCUGCAACAGCAGUUCAACCUGCACGUCUUUAAACUUGAACAAGAAGAAUACAUGAAGGAAGAUAUCCCUUGGACUCUGAUAGAUUUCUAUGACAAUCAACCAGUCAUUGACUUGAUUGAAGCAAAAAUGGGUAUUUUGGAGUUACUGGAUGAAGAAUGCUUGUUACCGCAUGGAACUGACGAAAACUGGCUUCAAAAGCUGUAUAAUAAUUUUGUCAACAAGAACUCUUUGUUUGAAAAACCCAGAAUGUCAAACACAUCCUUUAUCAUCCAGCACUUUGCUGAUAAGGUAGAGUAUAAAUGUGAAGGUUUCCUUGAGAAGAACAGAGACACCGUGUAUGACAUGCUGGUUGAAAUUCUGAGAGCAAGCAAGUUUCAUCUCUGUGCCAGCUUUUUUCAAGAAAAUCCAGUUCCUUCUUCCCCAUUCAGUUCAGCAAUCACAGUUAAAUCUGCAAAGCCAGUCAUCAAGUCAAACAACAAGCAUUUCCGGAGCACAGUGGGAAGCAAGUUCCGCAGCUCCCUGUACUUGCUCAUGGAGACCCUCAAUGCCACCACGCCCCACUACGUCCGCUGCAUCAAGCCAAAUGAUGAGAAAUUGCCCUUUGAGUUUGACUCCAAAAGAAUCGUUCAGCAGCUGCGAGCCUGCGGGGUUUUAGAAACGAUUCGCAUCAGCGCACAGAGCUACCCUUCCAGGUGGACAUACAUCGAGUUCUACAGUCGCUACGGGAUCCUCAUGACCAAGCAGGAGCUGUCCUUCAGUGACAAACAGGAGGUGUGCAGGGUGGUCCUGCACAGGCUCAUCCAGGAUUCUAAUCAGUACCAGCUUGGUAAAACCAAAAUUUUCUUCAGAGCAGGGCAAGUGGCUUAUUUAGAGAAACUCCGGCUGGAUAAACUGAGGCAGGGUUGUGUUGUGAUACAAAAGCACAUCCGUGGCUGGCUGCAGAGAAGAAAAUUCCUCCGAGAGAGAGGAGCCGCCCUGGUCAUCCAGCGGUACUUCCGGGGUCAGCAAACCGUGAGGUAUGUUGGAACCAAGAAAGUGUGUGGGACUGCACUUUCUUCGCUGAGCACCUCCAGGGGGCAGGCGUCCUUUCUUCUGGGACCUGGGCGCAGACGUGCGCGUGCAUGCAGAGGGAAGCCCCUCAGGGUGUUGCUGAAGAGGGUCAGAGUGGCCACCAUCACCAUCCAGGCCUACACUCGAGGAUUCCUGGCGAGGAGGAGGUAUCGAAAGAUGCUGGAGCAACACAAGGCUGUGAUCCUUCAGAAAUAUGCCCGAGCAUGGCUGGCCAGACGCAGAUUCCAGAAUAUCCGACGAUUUGUGCUCAACAUUCAGCUUACUUACAGAGUUCAGCGUCUGCAGAAGAAGCUAGAAGAUCAGAACAAAGAGAACCAUGGGCUGGUGGAGAAGCUGACCAGCUUGGCCGCUCUUCGGGCUGGUGACGUGGAGAAGAUUCAGAAGCUGGAAUCAGAACUGGACAGGGCAGCUGCCCACAGGCACAAUUAUGAGGAGAAGGGGAGGAGAUACAAGGCUUCUGUGGAGGAGAAAUUGGCAAAGCUUCAGAAGCAUAAUUCAGAAUUGGAAACACAAAAAGAGCAAAUACAGCUGAAGCUUCAGGAGAAGACUGAAGAGAUGAAAGAAAAAAUGGACGACCUCACCAAGCAGCUCUUUGAUGAUGUUCAAAAAGAAGAGCGACAAAGAAUACUUCUUGAAAAAAGUUUUGAACUGAAAACACAAGACUAUGAGAAGCAGAUCUGGUCUUUGAAAGAAGAAAUUAAAUCUCUCAAGGGUGAGAAAAUGCAACUGCAGCACCAGCUGGAGGAGGAGCGGGUCACCUCUGACGGCCUGAAGGGGGAAGUGGCCCGGCUGAGCCAGCAGGCGAAGACAAUCUCUGAGUUUGAAAAGGAGAUAGAGCUACUUCAGACACAGAAGAUAGACGUGGAGAAACACGUGCAGUCCCAAAAACGGGAAAUGAGAGAACAGAUGUCAGAGAUCACCAGGCAGCUUCUUGAGAGCUAUGACAUUGAAGACGUAAGAAGCAGGCUCUCUGUGGAAGAUUUGGAACAUUUAAAUGAGGAUGGAGAACUUUGGUUUGCUUAUGAAGGACUAAAGAAAGCAACACGUGUCUUGGAGAGCCAUUUCCAGUCCCAGAAGGACUGCUAUGAGAAGGAGAUUGAAGCUUUGAACUUCAAAGUGGCGCAUCUCAGUCAAGAAAUCAACCACCUGCAGAAAUUAUUUAGAGAAGAGAAUGACAUCAAUGAGAGCAUUCGUCAUGAAGUUACCAGGCUGACAUCAGAAAACAUGAUGAUCCCAGACUUUAAACAGCAAAUUUCAGAACUGGAGAAACAGAAGCAAGAUCUUGAAAUCCGCCUGACUGAACAAAACGAAUCCAUGAAAGGAAAACUGGAAGAAUUGUCUCAUCAGUUGAAUCGCUAUAGAGAAGAGGAAGGAAUGCAAAGAAAGACCGUAGAAGCCCAAAAUGAAAUUCACACCAAAGAGAAAGAGAAGCUGAUGGAUACGAGUCAAGAAAUGCAGGAGACCAGCGAGCACUUGAAGAAACAGUUUGAAACUGAAAGUGAGGUCAAGAGUAGUUUGCAGCAGGAAGCACCUCAUCCCACUGUGGAGAACAGGGAUCUUGAGGAAGAGUUGGACAUGAAGGACAGAGUGAUUAAAAAGCUACAAGAUCAAGUGAAGAUUUUGACCAAGACAAUUGAAAAAGCCAAUGAUGUGCACCUGUCCUCGGGACCCAGGGAGUACCUUGGAAUGCUGGAAUACAAGAGAGAAGAUGAGGCCAAGCUCAUUCAAAAUCUCAUUCUUGACCUGAAGCCCCGUGGUGUGGUGGUGAACAUGAUCCCCGGGCUUCCAGCUCACAUCCUGUUCAUGUGUGUGCGCUACGCAGACUCUCUCAAUGACGCCAGCAUGCUCAAGUCCCUCAUGAACAGCACCGUUAAUGGCAUCAAGCAGGUGGUUAAGGAACAUUUAGAAGACUUUGAGAUGCUGUCAUUUUGGCUUUCCAACACUUGUCAUUUCCUCAAUUGCCUGAAGCAGUACAGUGGAGAAGAGGAGUUCAUGAAGCAUAACAGCCCACAUCAGAAUAAGAACUGCUUGAACAAUUUUGACCUUUCAGAAUACAGACAGAUUCUUAGUGAUGUGGCUAUCCGAAUAUACCAUCAGUUCAUUAUUGUAAUGGAAAAUAACAUUCAGCCAAUAAUAGUGCCCGGCAUGCUGGAGUUUGAGAGUCUGCAGGGCAUUUCCGGCCUGAAGCCCACAGGCUUCCGGAAGCGAUCAUCCAGCAUAGAUGACACGGACGCCUACACAAUGACAUCCAUCCUGCAGCAGCUGAGCUACUUCUACAGCACCAUGUGCCAGAACGGCCUGGACCCCGAGAUCGUGAGGCAGGCAGUGAAGCAGCUCUUCUUCCUGAUCGGGGCGGUCACCCUCAACAGCCUCUUCCUGCGCAAGGAUAUGUGCUCCUGCAGAAAAGGGAUGCAGAUAAGGUGCAACAUCAGCUACUUAGAAGAGUGGCUUCAAGAUAAGAAUUUGCAGAACAGCUUGGCCAAGGAAACUUUGGAACCUCUCUCUCAGGCAGCCUGGUUGCUUCAGGUCAAGAAGACCACAGACAGUGAUGCCAAGGAGAUCUACGAACGCUGUACCUCCCUGUCUGCUGUGCAGAUCAUAAAGAUCCUUAAUUUGUACACACCUAUUGAUGACUUCGAGAAAAGAGUGACUCCAUCCUUCGUUCGCAAAGUGCAGGCUCUCCUAAACAGCCGAGAGGAUUCAUCACACCUGAUGUUGGAUACCAAAUACCUCUUUCAAGUCACAUUUCCUUUCACCCCCUCUCCACAUGCUCUGGAAAUGAUCGAGAUCCCCAGCAGUUUCAAGCUAGGCUUUCUCAAUAGAUUAUAGCAGGAAAAGGAAAGUAAAUGCGCUUUUCCCUCAGUAGCUAAAUGGAGGUCAAAUGUGAGGGAUGUGGCUUGCUCGUUGGAACCAGAAAUGCUUUGGAAUAUGAUUUAAAAAAGGAAGUAAGAAUUCUCCCAAAUGGGCCACAUCUUCUUUUGCUCAGGGUGACAGUGCUGCCGCUGUCACCUUGUAAGAAUUCACACCCACCAGCUGAGGUUGGAAAGGCCACAUCUAGCCUUGGAAUCUCAGCCAGCUUUUACUGGAAUUCCUGCAAGGCUCAUACUUUCUGCCAGGUGCCUCUUGUCUAGAUCUGUCUUGUGACAAGCGUCCUCCCAGGGUGAAUGAGACCUGGGGACACAGUUUCUCCCAAGUUUUCUAAGGUUCAUGUGAAGUCCAGGUACAUUUAUGAAGCCACAAAUGGGUUCCGGGGGUAAGUCUUCCAAAUAAUCCCGUUUGGCCGUGACAGCCUGUCAGCAGUCUUCUCACCCCACGCCUGCCUGAGGGGGUUGGGGUGCUUCCCCUGACCCUUUUUACUAAAAAUGCUCCUGCAUUAAAAAAAUUUAUUUCAGGCUCCUCUAAUUUUUCAAGAGACUAUUCAAUCUGAAAUGAAUCAUAUGAAGAGUAGCUUUAUGUAUUUUUCUGUAUAGAACUAAUAUGUCAUUCAAGCUUAACUGCCACACCAUUAUCAUCUCCUCCAAAAGAACUUUUUUAAAAUUUUAUCUGCCAACAUAUUUGCCACAAUUUUUCAUUGUUUAAUAUCUUUCAUACAGUAACUUUUUUAAAAAAAAUGAGUUUGAAAAGGCAACCUAAAUGAUUUUCUCUAUCAUAUCAGCAUUCAAAUAUGUUUAAAUUUUUUCUCAUAAAAAUAACUGAAGAAUUAUGUCAGUUCCUCCUUUUGAGAAACCUGUUUCCCAGGUUUUGUGGGCACUGACUAUUCCUUGAUGCCCCACACCUUCUCAUUUCUUCCUUCCAGAGCAUGAAACGUCAUUUGACAAGCACUCCUAGCCAAUGGCCUGUGGACCCAGUGCUCUCCCGCAGCACCCCAAAGUCCCAGGCAAUAGCUGUAGCUCUGUAACACAGACAUACAUCUUAGGGGUGGAAAUUAUCCAUAAUUCUGAAGCAGCAUCACUUUACCAAUGUGUAAUAAUGUCUUUUCAUACUAGAAAUGAUUUAAUUCAUCUAGAUACAUUGUAUAUGUAGGAAUGAGGAGUAGAACUUUGUAACAUUCUAAUCAAUAAAAUGAAUUACCAAA